GCAGGCUACACCCACUGCACGCGGGGUUUGAGCAGCAGGGAGGGGACAGAAGGAGGGAGCUGUGCUCACACACACAGACCCACACAGCGGAACAUAAAGCAGGCUGCUAGCUGAGAGGGCAGCAUGGCGGGACUACACGACUUCCACCAAGGGAGCCACUGUCACAGGAAAACGUGGAUUAAUAUACUACAAUUGCUGCAUUUCUUUUUACCCAUCGUUCAGCAAGGAGGGGCCCAGCUGCAAGCUCUGAGUCAGAUUCCCACCAGCGUGGUCGAGGUCUGGCAACCAGAGGAGGCAGACCCAUUUGUCCCACUUCAGGUGGAGAAGGAUAGAAGAAAAGACGGUCUUCCAUUAGAGGACAGCUCUUCUCCAUAUACUCGGGACAAUGGAAAGCUGCUGCAUUUUCAGCCCCCAGUGUUGGAGUUUGGGACUCAGCCGCUGGGGCUGCCAAGAGCUGAAACCAUAUAUAUACACAACCCUAGUCAGGAAGUUCCUGUGACUCUGCUCUCAAUGUUUACAUCCAGCAAGCAUUUUUACAUACCUUCCUUUCACAGAAGAGUGAUUCCACCAAGAGGGAAGGCAUCUUUUAAACUAAUUUUCCUCCCAUGUGAGGAGGGCAAUGUAGAAAACACAUUAUUUAUAAACACUUCAGCCCAUGGGCUGCUGUCAUACCAGGUAUUUGGUGUGGGAAGACAAGAAGCAUCAUUAGAAUCUUUCCAAAGAAAGGAUAGUCUGCUAAUAUCCGCUCACAUCCAGAGCAUUAAAUUGACCCAAACUCAGGAAGAUGCUUCCAACAUCACUAUUCUGGGUCUACUCCUGGAGUCCAGCUUACCGAAGAGUUUGCUGAACAAUCCUCAGGGGUCCUGCCUUCAGAGUGAGGAACGGCUCAGUCUGCAGAUUAAUCUGUCUGCGCGUGGUGACCGGCCGGCUGACCUGGACAAGCUCAAGCCCUAUGUCAUUGAGCACAUUUUGUUCCUGUUGGUUGCCCCUACUGCUGGACAGGCUGCAUUGGGGGAUGCAAAAAUUGCAGUUUAUAUGUUAAAUUCAGGCGGGAAGAAGCUCUACAUAAAGGAUAUACAAGUGCUAUCAAAAGUAGAGGCCAGCCUUAACUUUAAUCGGGUUUUACUGACACCAGAGGCAAAAAACUUCACUGAAGUGGCCACCUUAGCAUGCAGAGGCUCAUUGCCAGGGCAUGGACAGAAAUGCAUAAGUCAUAUCAGUCUGAAAAUAAUGGGAAAUAGAACCACCUACAGCUUCCCAGGGUUACAUAUCACACACAGAUGGAAAGUUGGGGAUUUGUUCAGUCUGUUUCAGGUGAAACAAAGCAACUCCAACCAGGUGGACUUGUGGUUCACCAACCCUCUCCCCCUGCCCCUCACUGUGUUAAACGCUAGCCUCUCAGAGAAACUGCGGGGGGUUGUGAAGGUGAUGAACUUCAUCAGCCCACUGAGAGUUCCCCAGGGCUGCUGGCAUAUCCUUUCUCUUCAGCUGCUCAGCAGGGCUCUGCCUGUCAACCAUAUGAUGACCCUGAGCUUGGAUACCAGCCUGGGAACUGCCCUGAGCAUUCCCCUCUACUUCUAUUCUACUUCUUCUGAGGGAGAAUUGGCAUUUGAGGCUGAACAGGCAUGUGGACGCCACUGUCCCCUCCGACUAUCAGAAACAGGUCGUUUAGAGUGGCAGCGUUCCCUUCUUCCAGACUUUUUCUCCUCAUCCUGGGCCGUUGAUAGUAAACUGGCUGCUGAGCUCUGCUCUCGAUGGCAAAGUCAGAAGGACAAACUGCCCUGCAGGUGGCCUAGGCUUCCUGUUGAGGUGUCUUCUAUUCUGGACUUUGGUGCCACACCUGUGAAUGAAAGCAAAGUGAAGACAUUCUUGCUUAAGAAUCCCUCACCCUCUGUUGUUUCUGUUGAAAUUCGAAUCCUUGCUCUCUACCCUUCUCCUCUAGAGGCUCUGGACCUCCUAACCAAAUGGUUUAAUAUCAGCCCGCUCUCCAUCAACGUCAGCACAACAGAGUUUUCUCUCUUUGCUUCCUCUCUGAAGGCUAGUGAGCAGGCAGACAUCAGAGGGGAUAAUGUCCUCCGUCUGCUGCUGCAGCCUUGGGAGUCCAGAGAGGUUUUUGUGGUCUUUAGUCCCACUGAGCACAAACCCACCACUACCAUUCUUGUAAUCAGGAACAACCUGACAGUGUUUGACAUGGUGACUGUGAAGGGCCAUGGGGCUAAGGAGCUGCUAAGAGUUGGCGGCAAACUGCCCGGUCCCGGAGCCUCUCUGCGCUUUAAUGUUCCCCAGUCAACUCUAAUGGAGUGUCGAGAUGGUCUGCGCACCAGUAAGCCCCUUUUUGCCAUUCGAAAGAGUUUCAAGGUGGAGAACACAGGAGAGCUUCCUCUGACGGUCAUGUCAAUGAAUAUCAAUGGCUAUAAGUGUCAGGGAUUUGGCUUCGAGGUGCUGCAGUGUCAUUCUUUCAGCCUUGAGCACAACACCUCAUCUGAGAUCACAAUUGCGUUCACCCCUGACUUCACAUCAUCCUGGGUGAUUCGAGAUCUCACCUUGGUGACAUCGCGCGGGACUGCUUUUCCCUUCACCCUGAAUGUGACACUGCCCCACCACAUGUUGCCUCUCUGUGCCCAGGUAGUUCCUGGCCCCAGCUGGGAGGAAACUUUCUGGGCGGUCACCCUUGUAUUUACGUGCUUCUCUUUGUUUGGCGUGUGUCUGAUGGCCUUCCACCAGGCACAGUAUAUUCUCAGUGAGUUCUCAUCAUCCAGCACCAGAAGCAACCAGAACCCUGUUUUGUCCCGGGACAAUGGCUCAAUAAAUAAUAUCACACCCAAUGGAGUAAAUAAAACAAAAGGCAGCUGUAAGACAUAUGUGGACACCUGUUCCACAUCUGACAAAGGUAAGGGGCGUGGCUCUCCAGCCUUGGCCAACAGCCCCGCCCCUCGUCCUCAAUCUUCAAAGAAAGGCUCCUCGUCCACUCCCUCCCAACCUCAAAAGAAACACAAAGUUUCGCUCUAUUACACCAAAUUCAAGCCUAACUCAUCCUCUGCUACGGCUACGACUAUGGAUGAGGAGCAGGAGGACCUGACACCAGAAGCUCCCCUUACUCCUGACUCUUGCAACAACAAUGAACCCGAUUUCAUCAGAGAUUUAAAUGAAGAUACAGCCACAGACUUUAAAGAAAGCCCCCAGAGAGCUAUAGAAGAUAGUAUGCCAGCAGCAGUUAUGUUUCCCAUGGAAAUACCUGCUGGUUUCGCCAAGGACAUCACACUGGGUCAGGGAUCCAGACCAGGGUUGUUAGGAGGCAGUCCGGUGGAGAUGAGCUGCACUGAGCACUAUGCAUUGAAGAUAGACUCUGAGAAAAGGGACAAUUCUGAGUUGGAGCUUUGUGAAGACACGAAAGGCCAGAAGAAGAAGGCUCAGAGUGCAGAAACUGCUGCUACAGGCGGGAAUAAUAAGGGAAAGAAAAGUCGCAGAAAGGCAGAAAGUGUCUCCAGUGGCCCCGAUCACAAUGUCUUAGUAAUGCCUGAGAGGGAGAAGGAGCCUGAUUGGAAAACAGGAGACCGAAAUGUCACUGGAACCCGCAGCAGGAACCGAUACUGCAAUGGUUUCAAGUCGGAGGCUCUAAAACCUGCACAGACUGCUGAAAGCCUCAUCAAACAGAAUGGUGUGUGUCCUGCACGCACUCGCAGAAAGUGCACAGCAGAGCGGCGUGCAGGCGGUGUGUGUGAGUCGGGAUCAGACUCGGGCAGCUCGUCGGGCAGCGUGAGGGCCAGCAGAGGGAGCUGGGGCAGCUGGAGCAGCGCCAGCAGCGUGGAGGGAGACAAAGACCACAGUGCUCGGCCGCACGGCGGCACCACCUCAUCCAGAAAAAGAGACGCCAUUCAGUACGGUGUCUACCCAACAGAGAAAGAGUGCUACCAGACCGUGAAUAACUACAAGGCUCUAAGCACAAACAGCUUGUACCACAAAGACAUGUGCCAAAGCCCAGACCCGACAGCAUCCGGCUUCUCCACAAGUUUCCCUGCUGUUACCACAAGAAAGGACAGCAAUCUGGACCUGACGGGUCGAUAUCUGCCUGAUGAGACAUGGUCCGCUCCAUCCAUCCCCCUCACCAAUGAGUUCAGAUACAACACCACCGAAGCUCUGUCCUUCAUACCUCAGCCAGCAGCGGCAGGGUCAUACAAUGGGUUCACUUGGAGCAGUGCCAACAGUCAUUGCAACAGUCCCUGCAGCUACAUAGGUAAUGGGACAUUUACAAGCAGAUUUCCCAACCAAGAGGUCCAGAACACACACAGCAGUCAGACCAGCUGGAGUGAGGAGCAGCCUCAGGAAGCCGGCCCGGCCUGGAACGCAGCAGCCUGCGUGGGCAGCAAGCCGUACUUCCCAGGAACCCGCAGCCUCUCCCCCAUGUCCAGCCUGUUCGGAUCCAUUUGGACGCCCCAAGGUGAACCUUACCACAGCCAUUUCCAACCUGAACGAUCAGCCCCGGUGUCGCCCAUGUCCCCCAUCACGCCCCAAAGCCCACCACACUCUCCCUUUAGCCGGGAUCCAGGGGGGUCCUACGGGCCCAUACAUUACUCCAGCUUCAACCCCUUCGGCCCGCACAUGAACCUGGACAUAUGGAACUCUUCAUCCAACCGCAGCUCCAACUCCCAGCUCUCCAAUGACUCCGGCUAUUGUGGAGAUGUUUAAAAGACAGGAGGAAACAAAAAAACAGAUUGGCAGAUCUUAACAACAACUGCAAACGUAUAAAAAAUUAUGUAAAAGAAAGGAAAUAAAAAAAAUGAAUGUUCUUUUAUCAAUAAUGGGGAAAAUGUGAAUAUUUCUUUUCUUUUAUGUUCAAAUUUUCAGAUGUUAAAUGUUGUGAGAGGUUAAGCAUUUGUUGUAUAUUUUUCUAGAUGUUUUGCAGUUUUCAUCAAAG